AUGAGAUGGAUGCUAGAUUUGAGCCUAACCAUCUGUCUGGCUCUACAGACAGCCCAAGGCACUUUGCACACUAAGAAGCCUAUAGUGGUCACGAAAUAUGGGACCCUCCAUGGAAAACAGAUGCAUGUAGGGAAGACACCUAUCCAUGUCUACCUCGGAGUUCCCUUUGCCAAACCUCCUGUGGGUGCCCGUAGGUUUGCUCCUCCUGAGCCACUGGAGCCCUGGAAAGGAAUCAGGAGAGCUACCACCUACCCGCCUGCGUGCCCGCAAGAGACCUUGGGACAGAUAACUUCCAUGUACCUAAACUCGAGGAAAAUAUACCAAUUGCUGCACUUCAGUGAAGACUGCCUGUACAUGAACGUGUAUGCACCAGUGCGCACACCGGGGGACCCUCUGCUGCCAGUGAUGGUGUGGUUCCCAGGAGGCGCCUUCAUCAUGGGUGCUGCUUCCACCUACGAGGGCUCACAGCUGGCUGUCCGUGAAAAAGUGGUGGUAGUGCUUCUGCAGAACAGACUGGGCAUCCUGGGCUACCUAAGCACCGGCGACAGCCAGGCCCGAGGGAACUGGGCAAUGCUGGACCAGAUAGCAGUUUUGCGUUGGGUACAAGAGAACAUCAAGGCCUUUGGUGGAGACCCGGAUAAAGUGACACUGUUUGGCCAGUCGUCGGGGGCCAUGUGCAUCUCAGCACUGAUGAUGUCACCCCUAGCCCGGGGUCUCUUCCACCAGGCCAUUUCCCAGAGUGGUACAGCACUGAUCUCAAUUUUCAUCACUCGUGACCCACUGAAGGUGGCCAAGAAGGUUGCACACUACGCUGGCUGCACCCACAACAGCACAAGGAUCAUGAUAGAGUGUCUGAGAGCUCUAUCAGAGGCCAAGAUGAGGCGUGUGGCCAGGAGGAUGAAAUUCUUAAAUAUGAACUCUCAGAAAGACCCACAAGAGAUCAUAUGGUUUCCGAGCCCAGUGGUGGAUGGUGUGGUGCUCCCAGAUGACCCUGCAGCACUCUUGGCCUUGGGGAAGUUUUCACCUAUCCCUUAUCUUCUAGGUGUCAACAACCAUGAGUUUGAAUGGGUCUUGCCUUAUAUAAUGAAGUUUCCACUACAAAAGCAUGUAAUGAGAAGAGAUGCUCUCAUCAAGGUAUUCGAGAAGACCAGCACCAUGUUGAAUAUCACUAAGGAACAGAUUCCACUCGUGAUGGAUGAGUACCUGAGUAACAUGUCUAAAGAAGACUGGAAGAUGAUAAGAAGCCACGUGAUAGACUUAGCUGGAGAUGCCACCUUCAUGGACUCAACAGUGCGAACUGCCCGCUACCACCGGGAUGCUGGCUUCCCUGUUUACUUGUAUGAAUUCGAGCGCAAAGUUCCCUCAAGAAUAGUUAUCAAACCUCUUAAGGAUGGAGCAGACCAUGGGGACGAGAUCCACUACAUCUUUGGAGGUCCCUUCUCCAAAGGCCGAUCUACAAGUGAAGAGAGAGCGCUUAGCCUCCGGAUGAUGAAAUACUGGGGCAAUUUUGCCCGCACAGGGAACCCUAAUGAUGGAAAGCUGCCCUACUGGCCACGCUUUGAUGAAGAUGAAAAGUACCUGCAGCUGGAUUUUACUAUAAAAGUUGGUAUGAAGCUGAAGGAGAAGAAAAUGGCCUUCUGGGAGAGGAUACACCUUCAUCCUGAGAGGCAUACAAACAUUUCUGAGAAAGGCAAAGCAGGAGGAAGCUGA